CAGCCUUGAUCACAGGACAUGGCAUAACCACCUCCUCUCUCCUUAGCCCCCUACCCAUCGUCCCCAACACUCACCCUUGGACGUCUGCCUCUCGCCCGACUUGGGACGAUCACUUCAAGCUACGACCCGUUACGAAUACCCACAUAGGAGGAAACUCUCUUCACUAUCGCCCCUGUUGUAGACGACUCACGGACUCUCGCCCUGCGCUUUGCUCCAGCUAGAGCUCCCUGCACUCUCUCCUCGUAUCUGGUGGCACCUCGAAGUCACAAUCUAGAGUCAUCUCAAUGGCGGGAAACCUCCUCAGCAGGCGCUCUCGCCUCACCAAUAUCCUACUCAUCCUCCUCUCACUGUUCCUCCUAGGCACAGUAGCCGUCCUCACGACAGCCAAGGCAUACUUCUCCAUCGAUAGAUCAGCGUACAUAUUGCCAGAGGAGCUGGGGACAUGGGAGGAGAUUCGGUGGGGCGCCAAUAGCGAUUCGCCGAUAGGAUGGGCCAACAAGUACCCAUGGGUAUGGAAGAUACUCCAUCCUCAGGCAGCGACAGCGACCAAUAGCGCCGAAGUAGCCGCGGCCGUCUCGUCUGCCGUCGCGGUGUCGAAGAUGGGCAAGGAUGAGGCAGAGGCAGCAGCUCUUGCUGCAGCCGUCGCGGCUGGCGAGAUUCCACCUCUGCGUGAUAACUCACCAAAGCCGGCAGACCCGAAUUCACCGCCGGAGAAGAUCCCUAGGAUCAUUCAUCAGACGUGGAAAGACGGUACGCUGCCGCCGAAGUGGCAGGCGAUUAGAGAUGAGUGCAAGGAGAUUCACCCUGAUUACGAGUACAUGCUUUGGACCGACGCUUCUUCUCGUUCAUUCAUCGCCGAGAACUACCCUUGGUUCCUCUCCGUCUUCGAUGCGUAUCCCUAUGCGAUCCAGAGAGCAGAUGCUAUCCGCUACUUUGUCCUCCACAAAUUCGGCGGUGUCUACAUGGAUCUCGACAUUGGCUGCACACGGCGGAUGGACCCUCUGCUUCGCUUCGAAGUUGUCCUGCCUGAGACGAGGCCAGUGGGCGUCAGCAACGACCUGAUGUUCGCUGCCAAAGGUCAUCCUUUCCUGGAUCAAAUGAUCCACAAUCUCGUCACCUUCAACCACCUCUACUUGACCCACUACGCCACGGUCAUGUUCUCGACUGGACCCAUGUUCGUCUCUGCCUCCUAUGGCAUCUAUGUAGACGCUCAUGGUGCAGCCUACCCAUCUGGCCCUGCCAAGCCAGAUGUGGGUUUCAAAGGUGUAAGAAUUCUGCCCAAGCCUCUCUACGGCAAGAAUGCUCUGCCGGCAGAAGUGCCAGACGCCUUCUUCAAGCACUUCUAUGGAUCAAGCUGGCACGCUGGAGACGCUGGCUUCCUCAUCUUCUUGAGAGAUCAUGGCCGAUUCCUCAUGUUCCUUGGAGCCUGCCUCGUCGUCUAUGGAUGCUGCAGAAGCCUGUUGCCGAGACUGUCCUUCACCAUGAGGAAGAGCAAUCUCUCGUCGUCCUCGUCCGGCAGGCGGAGAAGCCGUCGUAGAGGGAGUCGAGGUGGUGUUGGAGGAAGCGCAAGUGGUUCAGGCGACGGCAGUGGUCAUUGGGUAGGUUUGCCCAUACAGACCGCUCCCCGCCAGAGACGACAGGGCAUCUCUCGAGCCUACUCUCAUACACCAGACACGACGCUGCAUACGCCAGUCGAUGACGGUAUGGAACAAGCGGAGAUGACAGUCCUCGGUCUGUCUGCCAAGCCCAAAUUGGUUUCCUCACAGAGCUCCGGCGCAGCAAUGCUCCCCAUGGCAAGCUCGGCCAAGUCAGUUGCGGCACCUCGGCCACAACGCCUCUCGGUCCCCUCUUUUGUCGACAUGGACGACGAAUCUGGCGAAGAGGAGGACUUUGACACGGAGAUGGAUCAAGAGCCUCGCGGCAUCUUGGCGUGGACCGGUCUCGGCUCGAAUGGACCAGGCAGCUCAAGUUCAGGAGGUAUGCGGGCCGUCACACCGUCAGAAUAUGCAACGAGUCUGGCGGCAAGAUGGGGAGAGAGGGCAGCCAAUGGCGUUCUGCUGCUGCCCGCAUAUGCGCUGAGCAGAAUAGGUAGCCCAGGAAACGGAGGCAAAGGCAGCAAAGAAGGAGAGACUGGCAGUCUCACCGGCAGUAGCGCUCUGCAUUCUCCUACUGGUAGCUGGUCCUCUUCUGCUUCGGGAUCAGGCUCAGGAUCAGGUCAGAGGAAUGGCUCUUCGGGUUCGACCAAUGUACUGGGCUGGGCCACUCAGCUCUUGCCCGCGGGUUGGAAAGGCCCUAUUUCAAGACGCAAGACGCCCAUCGGAGACCUCGAAGGCGGAGAGGACGAAGAUGCUGUAGGAGAGGAAACUCCUCUAGCUGGUGUGCCAGCAGGUCGAGAUUCUGUCUCAAGUCGUGAAUCUGGCUUGCCCUCCUGGGUGUCCGAUCGGAGAGGCUCUGCGUGGCUGAACCAGGCCGACUACAUUGCCCCUGUGCCUAUGUCUGGCAGCGAGGAUGCAGGUAGGAACAGCUUUGCAACAGCAGAAGGGUCAGCGGGAUCUCCACCAGCUUCUGGACCUGCAUCGAGAACCAGUGGAAGCUUUUUGGUGCCUGGAGAUGCAGCAAGUGGGGCGGCGCAUGCCCUGGGUCACGAUCGCGGUGCAAGUAGCAGCGGAUACUUUGCAACGCCCCCGCCACCGUACGAGCGGUCAUGAGAUGAACGAGAGGGGCAGAUCGUCACCAGUCUGCGCUUCUUGCUUGCCAUGGUGAGCGAUCGCUACUGCCAGCUACUGUCGAGUCUGGCUCGUGCUCCUCUACUGCUUUUAUUAUCGAUUAUUUUCUCGUUAUUGUCAACUCUUCUCUCAUUAUCAUCAUCCUCAACAUCUCUUC